AUGUCCGGCAGCGAUGUCGAACACGUUUCUUGCUUGCCUGACAGCAGACCGCAUCCAUUCCGCCGCCAAUCCUCGUCAAGCUCGAACGAACGAUAUUAUGACGCCCCUCUUAAAAGUCCGUUACAUUCACCCCCAGUCGACGGAGCACCUUCUUUGACUCACGAGCCUCUGCUCGAUACCUGUCCUGCUCGAUCGGCUGCGAUAGGCUCUCAAACAAGCUGUGUGCCCGCCUCGGUUUCCUCAAAGGUUCAAUUCGAAAAUCAUAACCAGAAAGAUCGAGCAUCGCCGGAUCCUGACGAGUUCUAUCGCCCGCACCCCUCGAUCGUGGUUGAAGGCAGUGAAAGGGCUUUGACUUCAAGUGAUGCCUUGAUGGUUGGGAACUGUGCUUCCGCCACGGAAAAUCGAUCUACUUACGCGCAGCGAGCACUUUCAUUGACGGCGAAAUCUGCGGAGCUAUCGCGUGCGAGUCUCACGCAAAAUCGAUCAGUGUCCGACUCAUCUUAUAGCGGUCGUGGGACAAAUCCCAUCAAGGGAGCAGCUGCCCCACCCUCGACCGCAAGACCAAGACAGACAUCGUUCAAGGAUUUGGUGAAUAAAUUUAAUCAGAACGUUGAUCAAGUGCUCCCACUUCCAACGGCAUCAGCGUCUACCUCGAGGUCACCGUCAAGAGCUCCGAGUCCAAUCGGUCCUGUCGACAGCGUAGUGAGAUCCAGGGCUCCGUCACGAUUGCGCGAAACGCGCGACGUCCCAACAGCAAAGAGAGAACCGCCAUCCCGGUGGAAGUCAAUCGAUCAUUCCAAGGGAGAUUUCUUCUCGAGAUCCGUCUCGACCUCAUUUCAGGCAGGCGUGGUCAACAACAGUGCCCUGGAAACUCUUGAGGCAUCGCUACCUCGGCGGCCGUUUGGUGGAUUGCUCACGGUUGAUACAGGGAUUCCAAGAUCAGGACUCGGGCUCCCGGCACAUUUGCGGCGUCGAGGUUCUGAGGGAAGCAUUCCUAGCCCGAAUCCUGCACUCCUUGACAAUCCUGACCUUUCAGCUGGACUAUCGCCUCUGACACCAACCGCAUGGUACUUGGGCCGCACGCCAUUUCUUGAAGCUGUGAGUACUGGCGAGGGCAGCAGUAGUCAUCGAAGAGCCAGAAGUGAUCUGUCUGGAGUUUUGCCUGUUGGCGGUGUGGCGCACUCGCCUGAAUCCCACAUGGCGGUGCUGAGCCCCUUGCAGCCAGGGCUGGGAGGGUCACUGGAGAGCUCACAUUCCAAGUCCCGCAUACCUAUAUCGUCCACUCGUCUCAAUACUGUUUCCGUUGCGGAGGAUUGUUCCCUCCUGAAAAUUGACCCACUUUCAAGCAGCCGCUUCGACUCGCAAGUUCCGCUGCCACCGAAAGGCAUUAGCCGACUCCCCAAACCGUCCCCCAAAUCUCCUCGUGCUGUCGCACAUGAUGACCGUACACCGAUCGUGAUGACAUCGCCUCGAAGGCGAGAUAUGGCUUAUGGUCGAGGUCCUCGUCGAGGAACUGAGAGGAACACCCUCCUUGAAGCAUACAUAGCCUCUCCUCCUCCCAAGAAGUCACCCCCGCUGCGCAGUUCGAGACCUCGGCAGCAUGUUUCGCAAACGAAUUCCACCACGCCGCGAUCCAGAGUUGUUGAAACAGUGUCCAAUUUCCAGAGACAGCUAAACCGCGAUCGGGAUCUGCGGACCUCGCGGACGCGGGGACAUAGACUUCCAGAGCUGGGCAACGUCGACUUUGCGACCCGACGGCAGAAAAUCCAGCAGGCCUUCAAUCGCACAGUGCAAGAGAAUGAGAGAAAAGAGGAAGAGGCAGCGCAGCUUCGACUUCGCGUCAAAGCCCAAGAGGGCCAGCAAGCUCAUGAUGAGCCGACUGCAUCAAAGCAAGACUCGCACGGGGACACCGGAAUCGACCAUUCCCUGCAAUCCGACCAUAAUUCUGCCGUGAAUGAGAACUCAACCGUGGCCGAUCAUGAGGCAGACCGUUUGACAUGUGGCGAGGGGGAUUCACGGGGACCACCCCAGCUGCACAUCGACACCAGCAUCGCUAUUCAAGAGACUGCAGCAACAGACCCCAACGCCCAUCUGAUGACCAUGGACUCUCCGACGUUGGGUCUUCCGCACAUAGGUGCUGGAGAGCAUGCGGUCCGCCUCUCUUCCUUGGGAGCCGCCGACGGCCAGUCUACUUGCGCCGAAACACCAGUAUCGGUCGACACUAAUAUCACUGCCCUUGACCCUGAGCCCCAAGCUGGUCUAAGUCGACAGAGCCUUCAUGCCUCUCACCGAACAUUACUGAGUCAAAUUAUGCAGAUCCGGGAAUCAAGUCCCGACAGCUCAUCUUGUGAUGAAGCGGAUUACAGUUUUUCUGAUACUGAGGAUAGGAUAUCGGUUCCGGUACUGCUCAGUGACGCCCCAUGCUCUGAAGAAUCGGUGGCUUCCAGCGACGGCCAAGUACACCCUGAUGUUUUCGUGCAGCAGGACCAAGCUCGUCAUGGAAUGCCGAACAGGUGGAGUAUAAGUUCCUGGUCAUCUUCCCUUCACAACCAACAGUCAACGGACGACCAUUGCGAGGGCAGCGAGGAUGACCUCUCCCAGUUGCAACAAGUUGCACAGGACAGCGAAGCGGCUACCCAGUCCUGUUCUGCUUCGUCGAGUAAUGCCCCUUCUGUCACUGGUCGUCAACCCACCGCAUCCGUCUCUGCCAAUAGCGAACCUGUCACCGAACAAAAACACGAGGUCGUUUCCCAAAGAAGCGCUUAUAUGUAUCCUAGCGCUCCUAACCUGGCAAGACUUGGUGGUUGGGAUUCUAAACGGGUAGCCCAGCUAUAUCUUGAGGAGUUGGCUCGAGGCAGAGGCCAUAAUCUUCCGAUGCCUGCAAUCCGCGCGUCUCCUGAGCCUCGACUCGAGAGGCGUGCGGACGGAAGAACAGAUAGCUUAACUGAUGACCCGGUUGUGAUAUCCAAGGCCGAUGGUAUCCCUCAUUCGGAACGAAUUGGGCAUACAGCAAGCCUGAUAUUUCGAGAUGAUUGGGAACAUGCUUCUCCAUCCAUUGCAGACUGGAUGCAAGUGACCGCUGCCGAUGGAACGGGCUCUCAGGAGCAAAACAGCGAUGCUAUUUCUGCGCGCGAUGGUGUACUAACGCCACGAUUGGACACAUCAGCCACAGAUCGGACUGGGCUCGAACAGGGCGGAGACACUCUCGGUCUCGCCAUCAGAGUCCAAUCACCGCAAGAGCUCGAAUGUCGGGAAAUUCCACAGACUUCGCUCCCCAGCUCCGAUUCUGUCACCUAUUCGGUCGCCAAAGAGGGAAUUGAUCAAUCGCAACAACAACAACAACAACAACAACAACAACAACAACAACAACAACAACAACAACAACAACAACAACAACAACCAGAGGCUGCACCGAGUGUCCAGUCAACACAAACAUCCUCUCGCUUCGCGCCGUCGCUGGCUUUCGCACCUUUGGGCCAGGUUGAAAGUACUGGAAGCAGCGAAGAUUCCUCGCUCCGAAGGCUCCAACCUACCCCCUCUUUCCACACCCUUGACUCAUCAGCGACGUCUUUGGUUCCUUCGACUACCGACCAGAUCCGAGUCGAGCUUCCCAGAGGCUCUCCGUCCCCGGACCAAAAACGCCUAAAGAAACGGAGGCAUGUCAUAAAAGAGCUGGUUGAUACUGAGUACAGUUUUGGAAGGGACAUGAAGGUCGUCGACGAUAUCUACAAAGGGACUUCCAGUUCAUGCUUGGAUUUGUCACCUGAAGAUGUCAAGAUUCUAUUCGGUAACUCAGAUCAGAUUGUGCAAUUUUCGAUGAGCUUCCAGGAUGCCCUUAAAGAGGCAGCAAGGAGCGUUUAUGUUAUGCCAAAAUCUCAGCGAUGGAGCAGUAAACGCAGCACUCGCAACAAUCACACCAACGCAUCCAAGACAGACUCGCAGGCUGCGAGUGGCGCAGGUGAAGUCUCUGAUACAGAGAAGGACAGGUCAACCUUCAUUGGUCAGGCUUUCCUAGCUCAUAUUGCUCCCAUGGAAAAAGUGUACGCCGAUUAUCUGAAGAACCACGAUGCCGCCAACAAGAAGCUUCAAAUACUGCAACGGAAUCCGAAAGUAGCCAUUUGGCUCAAAGAAUGUCGGGAAUGGGCUUCAGAUCUCACCACUGCUUGGGACCUAGACUCGCUACUUGUCAAGCCGGUGCAACGAAUCUUGAAGUACCCCCUACUGCUAAGCGAGAUUCUGGAUUCAACCCCGAGCGACCACCCGGACCGUCCAUAUUUGGCGAAUGCUCUAGAAGAGGUUACAAACAUCUCGGUCCGUAUCAACGAAAUGAAGAAGCGAGCAGACUUAGUCGGUCAGGUUGUCGGCCGCAAGAGGAAAGAGUCGGAUGUCAGAGCCGGGCUAUCGAAGGCGUUUGGUCGGCGCACCGAGAAAUUGAGACAGCAAGUCGGCCUUUCCGAUAUGUUUGAAGACAAGGAGUACGACACGCUAUCGCAACGAUUUGGAGAUAGCUUCUUCCAGCUACAAGUUGUGAUGCGUGACGUGGAGAUGUACACGCGGGAAGUCCAGAGUUCUUUAGAUCGAUUCAGCGAGUUUGUCGCCGCGAUCGAAGGAUUCGUCGACGUGGCUCAGUCGGGCUACUUGGACGUGGAGAGCAGGUGGCGUGACCUGAAGAUGGCAGUUCGUGAAAUAAUGGCCACAGCUCUGCCUGAACAUCUCGCCGUUGUCCGAAAGAGCGUGAUUGACCCGAUGGUUACCCUGCUCAAACUUUACGACGGGCCCCAGAGAGUGAUGAAGAAACGAGACAAGCGCCUCAUGGACCAUGCCCGAUUCAAAUCCAUCAAGGACCGUGGUGACAAGCCCGAUAAGAAGACGACAGAGCAAAGCGAACAAUUCGUAGCUCUCAAUGAGACCCUCAAGGAGGAACUGCCCAAGCUCUACUCUCUGACUGCUAAGAUGAUGGAGACGUGCCUGAAAAACUUUGUGCAUAUACAGACUACGUGGUUCAACAUCCUCCAGAAAAAGUUUGUGGAUCUUAUCGACUCUUUUCCGGACGAUAUUCAACAGAUCAUCAGUGACUGGUCUGCAAACUUCACUCUGGCGGAGGCGCAGGUUUUGUCGCUUGGCAUGUGCAACGGAUCGCUGCUCGCUGAUACUGUCAAUCUUGUCAACUUCAACACUCCUUCGACUGCACCUACCAUCAGUUCGCCUCGGCGGCCCUCAACUGUGAACAGCACGAGCACCCGCAUAGGGUCUACCAUGGGUGAAUCACCCAAAGUCUCCCACGACUUCGGUAACGGCAGCUACAUCUUCCAGUCCCCAAGCCUCGAUACUCAAUCCCAGAGAUCCUACGGCCGCCAUCGAGCUGACUCAGCUAUCUCUGGUCGUGCUGCACCAGAAACGUCUGAAAUCCCACGGAGUCAGAUUCUGCAGCAGAUCACGAGCUCCUCAUCUGCGUCGGUGGCCCCACCGCUAAAGACAGAGCCCUUUCCCAGCCUGCCGAGGUUGAGUCUUGAUUCGCCAUUCCUCGUCGACAUCAUGGGCGCUUCAUCAAAGAACGACCAAGCCUCUGAGAAUCCACCAACCUCUCCUGGAGGCCGUUAUUCUGGCUUUUUCUCGUCCGCUAUGCCCAUGUCGGACAAUCCGCAGGACGACACACCUGUGGAGGAUGCCGCGCCCAAGGAGCCGACGGUGCUCUUCCUCGCUGCCAGCAUCUACGAGUUCAAUAUCGAUCGGGCGCGGCGCGAAGCCGGUUAUCCUUAUCUCACUUAUGUCGCUGGGGAGAUCUUCGAUGUCAUAGCUGAGAAGGGUGAGCUCUGGCUUGCCAUAAACCAGGACGAUCCAACCCACCAAGUCGGUUGGAUCUGGAACAAACACUUUGCGAAGCUCUCGAAUUAG